GUUCAUCCCAAUAUCACGAUAGAUCGGCCCAAAUUCGGACACCCUUCCAAGCAAAUCCAACAAAUCCAACAAAUUCAACAAAUCCAACAAAUCCAAAAGUUAUUCCAGUAUUUCAUCCCCUCACUAUUUAUAUCUGUUUAUCCACCGAGAUUCGUGGUCUGUCCGACGGCCGAUCCUUCCUCCCUCCACAGUCCAUCCUGCACCGAGCACCACCACGCGGUGUUCUAUAUUGGGUCCUUUCAAAGACCGGUCCAGAUUCUGGCCCAGUUCCACUCCCUCCUACCUAGUACACUCCGUCUCUCCGGCCGAUAACCCCGCCUACAUUUAUUCUAUACUCAGUUCUUCUUAUACGUCCCUCCUCUUAUACCUCUGACAUCCCCACUGCUUCAAUCCAUCAUCCAUAAACAUCAACCACAAAAAAAAAAAAUAACAAUAACAAUAACAAUAUCAAUAAUCAUAAUGUCUACCCCAAUCCCCACCGCAGAACUCCAAUCCUCCCUCCGCCAACUCUCCAUCGGCCGCAGCUCCCCAGCAGCAAAAGACAUCCCCCGCCCAACAGUCCAAACCACCUCCCUCGUCAAAGAAGCCGCCAAAAAGAACCACACCAAGUCUAAAAACAACGACCAGCAAAACCACAUCGCCGACUCCUGGGAAGACGAACUCGACUCCUCCACUCCCUCCUCAGACGUCGAAGCUGACCCGUCCUCCGCCGCUCCCUCCGAUAUCCUCUCCCCUUCUCUAAGCGUCAGCGCCGAAGGACCGCUCGAUCCCCCGCCGACGCCCAUCUCCCCGCAAAUCUCCAAUCCCACCACCGCUCCUUCGGCGUCUUGGUCCGCGACCUCGCCACCCCGCUCGGGUUCGGAUUCCCCGGUUUCGUCCGCGUCCAGGACACCUACGCCCACUUCUGCUGCUCCUCCUUACACCACUACUACUGGAGAAAGGGGAGGGAGAGAAGGAGGAAAUGCCACCGCGCGCAGACCGGAGAAGCAAACAGCUGUAGCCGGGCGAUUGAUCGCAGGGGCAUUGGGCAUUCGGGCUCCCAAGCGGACGGAGGAACAGCGGGCUUACGACCGCUCCGUCAAAGAGCAGGAGAUUAGACGGCGGAAUCGGGAGAAGGAGGCGGCUGAGAAGGUCCGGGAGGAGGAGGAGAGGGCGAAGGCUGCUGUUUGGGAUGCUUGAUUUUUCUUUUGUCUUUUUUCUGUUCGAUUGAUGGGAUGUUUUGAGUGAUUUUGAUAUCAUUGGUUCUGGUACUGCUUCAUGUUAGGGAGGCUGUCUGAUUUCGUUGGGUUCAGCAUCGUGUGGAUGUUUGUCUUUUUUUUGUAUAUGGACUAGUCUUGUUAUCUUCUUGUUUGCAUUUCUCCGCCUAUCAUUCUAUUUACAUUGUGUCUCUUGUCUUAUAGCUUAAACUCAGCCUGUACAAUAGGUUCUACUCGUAUUAUAUCGGUCUAUACCUAGAUGAUUUUGAUAUACGGUUGGCCGGAUAUAAAGAAUGAAAAGUGAUACUGAAUGUAUGUAGAUUGAUA